AUGGUCUGUCGCGAUGCAGAGUCUCCCCCAGACCAGGUGGUGGCACUGCAGGGGGGCUGUGAGGCUAUCGUUGAAGGCAAGGAGAUCCUGGAUCUGCCCCGGUUGCCCCCCGGGGGCCGCAGGGACUGCUGCCUGGCGCUGAUCCUCCCCCAGGACAAGUUUCUGCUACUGUUGGCUGACGAUCCCAGUGACUGCAGCCAAUGGAUAAACAUGCUGAGGAAAGUGAGAGAGAGUGUUUCUUCCCCCCUGCGCUCCUGUAAACGACACCAGGCUCCCACCCCCUGCAUCACGGAUAGAGACCCCCUCCCUGAUCCUAUCAGUGAAAAAGAGCCUGUGAGCCGUCGCAUGAGUGAUCGUGAGCCCCAGAGCCCUGGGUACAGUGACAAAGAUGCUCCCCAUGGCAAAGAAAAAGGAAAUAAGUCCCCGCGGGCGCUGAGGAGCCCAGGACUUCCCACCCUCCAGCGCUCGGCUGGCUGCCUGCGCCACGGCAACAGCAGCGAUGCCCGGGCGGUGAGGGCGGUGUACCUGCUGAUGGGAGGGGCGGCUGCCUCCUCUGCCCUGGGUUACCUGGGCUCCUGCUCCCCCUCCCCCCACGACGCCAGGCCUCCCGACCACAUGCCCCCCACCUCGGACUUCUCCGACCUGGGGAGCGGCGGGGCCUACCACGCCUGCAGCCAGGCCGUGGACUCGCCGCACUUCCACAGCUUCGACUUUGAGGGGGACUCCGACUUUGACGCCUUCGACUGCGGAGGAUUCGCGUUCUAGGGGAACUGAGGCUGAACGGCCGAUGCUCAAAUCCAAGUGAUGAAGCCCCGCCCCCUCAGCAGAAGUACCUCCCAUUUAUAGACCCUUCUGUAACUAAAGACUUUAGCAAAUUUGAUCCCCCCCCCCAACAUGGCUGGAAAACACAUUGUUGAGAUGUUCUUUUUGCUAUGAUGCUACCAUGACAGUGCUCAUGCUAGUGGUUGGUGGUCAUGCCUGUCCCCAUGUCGGUUGGCACAGUAGUGAUGUGUGCCUGGGGAUAUUUCCUCUGCACGUGGAAGUCAGUUUUUGUACUUUUGUACUCUGUCCAUCUGUGUCACGAGUCUAUCGUUCCUCCUCCCUCUGUGUUUGUAAAUCAGCCCUACAAGCUACUCCCAACCCUAACCUACACCUCUUCCAGUCUCAUGCUUUUCUUCUCAGUUACCCUCUGUCUCCACCAUCUCAUUCCUAUUUGCCUUCCUUGUCCUCACAUCUUAACCCAGCUUUCCCUCAUGCUCCC